CCCCGUCCCCGUCCCCGUCCCCAUCUCCAUCCUCAUCCCCUACCUUUUCUGGUUUUUCCUUGUUUUCUUUGUUUUUUUCUGUUUCUUCUUCUCCUUCCCCUCUUUCUUAUCCUUCUUCUUCUUCUUCUUCCAAGUAGUCAUUGUGAUAUCUUCCCGCCUUGAAGAGUAGAAGAAGAAGAUAGAGAGUCGAUUUGGUGCGGUGAGUUAAUGGUUCAUCUUCAAAUACAGAGCACGCCAGCAUCCACCUGCAAAAGUAAACAGCAAUAAACAAAAUAUCUAAACCAACGACAACGACGCAGUUGCUAGAGAAUGGAACCCACGACUCCUCCCCCUAAUGAAUCCCGCGGACAAAGCCAGAGCUAUACGCCGCCGGCCCCGCCGUCGUCAUCAGCGGCGCGUCUUUGGCGACCUGCUGCUCAAAAGAAUCUAAGGAAUCAGUGGUCAAAGCUCAAUUCUCUCCGUCAGGACUGGAAUUCCGCCGCUUCCGCCGGCCGUUCUUAUGCCACCGCAAUCGUUAACGCCUAUCUCUCACAGAAGUAUAUGGACAGUACGGAUUUUGGUGCUUUGAGUGACCUGCCUAAUAUUCGAAAGAAAGCAUGCUCCAAAUUGUUCAAGCAGCAGGAACAUCAUAAGGGGAAUCUCUUGUCAUCUUACAGAGACAUGGUUGUUGUUGUGACUCGUAUGGUCGAUGUUUGUAAAUCUAUGAGGUGCUAUCUCAGAAAAACGAGCAAUAGUCAGUUAACUCAAUUCUCAUUAUCCUUGGAGGAUGAUGGCGACAGUGGAGAUUGUGGAGGAAUUCCUGUUUUUGUGUUCCACACCAUUGCUUCCUUUGAAGAACUAGCAUGGGAAAUUGUUCGGAUGUUUACGUCAGAAUUAAAUUUGAAGCGGUUGCUUGUUCUGGAAUUGUCGUCCAUCUCCUCUGAUAAAGUUGAUGAUUACACUGGAUUGCAGUGGUAUGAUGAAUUCUAUGAUGGAGAACUUAAUGAUCUAAGUAUACUUAACCUGUACUCCAAGGUAACUUCUGAACCAGUAGUUCCGUGCCUCAGAAAUGGCAACUCUGGUACGCUUGUGCAAUCUAAAAAGGUGCCAGAUAGCAAUGGUUUACAGGUUUACAUUGCAACGUGGAUGGUAGAGGUGAACAUUGAUCGAAGCAGGUGCAGAAAUGCAUGUAGACUUUAUGGGAACAUCCAAUUGAUGGUUGGGACUCUAGAUAAAAUGGCAAAAUCACCUUCUAGCUUGGUAGAACAAAUUUGCAUUCAAGUAAAGAAAUUGGUGACUGAAAGAUUGAAGCAACCAUCGGCACACCCAUUAUUUGUUGAUCUUCAAUACUUAAUCUCCAGUUGCCGAUCUCGAACACGCAUCUGUCCCUUCCGAAAUUGUCGUUGCCAUCACGCUGGCUACGGAACGUCUUUAACAAGAAGCGACGGAUGUUAGGGUUUUUAAAGAUUAGUAUAUGUUGUGAAUUUAUACUCAUUCAGAGGUAGAUCGAAGUCGACAUUGUUCUGUCGGAGCUGUUCGAGAAGGAAGCCCAACCGUUCCGUCAUUGGUGAAAGAAGACGUUGUGGUAUGUUGUUCAUCGUUGGAGAAUAGUUGCUGCUCGAAGCCACCAUCACUAUCCGUCAUUGGAUAAAUCGAUCUUGAAGUUUUCAGUUGAUGAAUUUCGUGGAAUAUCGAACAAGUUUUGUAAUAUGAUCUUGUCCUGUGCGUGAAUCCUUCAAAGAAGAAAGAUUUGUUUUAUUU